AUGGGGGAGCUACCCUUCCCAAGAGUUAGUAAUAUUAAACCGUUUCCUACCACAGGAGUGGAUUUUACUGGAGCUAUUAUGAUUCGUAGAGCACCUGGAGGUAAUAGUUUGGAAAAAGCUUAUGUCGUGGUGUUUGUGUGCAUGAGUGUCAAAACUGUGCACCUGGAGCUGGUAACCUCACUCUCAGCUGAAAGUUUUAUCGCUGUAUUGAGACGAUUCGUAGCUCGCAGAGGAAUUGCUCAGGAGAUGUACAAUGAUAACGGCACCAACUUUGUAGGAGCUGACAAGGAACUUGCACGACUGCUCCAGGCCCACAUCUUUCAAGAGAAAGUUGAAAAUUUUGCUGCUGAAUUAAGGAUCAAGUGGAAUUUCAAUUCACCUUCAGCCCCUCAUCAGGGCGGAUUAUGGGAAGCAGCGGUCCGAUCAUUCAAGCACCACUUCAGGCGAGUAGUUGGAGAAACUACAUUGACCUUCGAAGACAUGACAACAGUCCUAGCCCAAAUAGAGGCUGUUUUAAAUAGCAGGCCUCUCGUGACACUUACAGAAGACUCACAGGAUCCUGUCGCACUGACACCUGGACAUUUUUUGAUCGGGGUCCCUCCAAUUCAAUUGCCAGAUCCAAUGGUGACAGAUCUCACCCUCAGCCGACUUGACCAUUGGCAGUACAUUCAACGCGUCCAACAACAUUUUGCUCAAAAUUUGAAGAUCGGAGAUGUGGUAUUGUUUCUGGAUGACGGAGCUGCUGCUACAUACUGGCCAUUGGGAGUGAUUGAAGAUGAGCAUCCAGGACGGGAUGAUGUGGUCAGAGUGGCGACAGUGCAAACAGGGAAAGACAAAGAACUCCUGAGUUCCAAAGCCCUGACUUUUCCCCAAAUAAUUGUGGUAAUUGUACCUGUUGAGGAAAGAAAUACAAGCCUGGUUAUCCUGGCGAAGGAGGAUCAAUAA